AUGGCUGCCUCGCACCGAGAGCUCAAACAGCGUCGCCGGCAGGAUUAUCACUACAUUCUUGACUACCGGACGCGAUGGGCCGAUAACGACAUGUACCAACACAUGAACAACUCCGUAUACAAUUUCUUGUAUGACUCGGUGGUCAACACCUACCUCAUCGAACACUGCGGACUUCAGCCGGCGUCUUCCCCGCAGCACGGCGUGGUCGUGCAUUCGCACAGCGAUUACUUCGCAUCCAUUUCAUUCCCAGCUGUAGCCGAACUGGCCUUGCGCGUCAACAAGCUCGGUAAGACGAGCGUCACCUAUGAGAUUGGUCUCUUCGAAAAGGGUGUUCAGGACGUCAGAGCUGUCGGGGAAUUCAUUCAAGUGUUUGUUGAGCGGUCUACCGGCCGGCCUGUGGCCUCUGGUAUGAGUCUCGAGAUGCGCCGCGGUCUGGAGCGCAUCCAUGUCGGUGACCGGGCCGGUGCUGAUAGCCCUGCCGGUGCCGUCAUGGCGAAAACCACCAGCAAACUCUGA